AUAAAAUCCAACCAAAGAGUUCAUCAACUUCAGUUAAACGUUCAGCACCAUGUGGUCAAGAUGUUCGGUGGUUUUUUGUUUGUUCUUGACUGCCCAAUCAGCGGUACUCAAAACGAGAAAUAUUCCCGUUGAAAUUGUCUACGAUAGAACCAAUCCAGCUACGUAUGGAACGAGAAAUUUAGACGCGAAAAUACAAUUAUCAUCAGACGAAUUACUCAAAUUGAAACUUAGUGAUGACAUUAUCAACGCAGAAAAAAUUGAUUUUGAAGAAGAGGAAGCUGGAAGUCAACAUGGGGUGGAAAAUUUAAAUGAGAAAAAUCAAUUGUCGCCUGAGGAAAUCGGCCAGUCGGUGAAAUUUUCAGCAAAUGCGGUGGAAGUUGACGAAAAUGUUAAAGCAGCCGUUGCUGAAGCUUCGGAAAAUUCCGCACAAUCAGGGAAUUUGAUUGCUCUUUUGAAAAGGGCAGAAGAGAUGGCCUAUGCUGGCAUAAACACAAUUAGGGAGAAUUUUGAUAAAGCUUCAGAGAGUAUACCAGGGGCCAAACCGACUGCAGAAGCUUGGGAAAAGUUAAAUCAAACCCUGCAUGAUUAUUUCAGAGAUCAAUACAAGAGUGUCCUUAGUUUGAAACAAGAUCAACCAACAAAUAAUAAUACGAGUCAGAAUCAAAAUCAGUUCAUGCAAAACUUGAUCAAUGGUUUUCAAGCGAUUUCCAAUAAUUUCAUGAGUAAUUAUUUUCCCCAAAAUGGGCAAAAUCAGAAACCGACUGGGUCCGAGGAUGAACAACAACCACAACAGCAACAAGGUCCAUGGCAGAGCUUUGUCAACUUUUUCCAAGGAGGAAUGAAUCAAAUUAUAAACAAUAUGAACAACAUAAACCGCCAGAAUAGUACCGGUCAAGAGGACACUGGAACCGAUAGUAACGGCGGCUCAAACUUUAUCAACACCUUUGUCAGCUCAAUCCAGCAGUUUUUCCAAGGUCAGGGGAGCCCAGGAAACAACCCCAUUCAAUCUAUCAACCUUAACCAAAGCGACACCGGAGUCACCACCAACGCCCCCGGAUUUUUCCAGGGCGCGAUCAACCAAUUCAACCAAGUGGUCAAUAACUUCCGUCCUUCUACCUCCGCCAGGCCUCCGGUCCAAGGCGAUGAAGGCUCCUCAACCACGCCGGGGAAUUUCAUCCAAAGUAUUGGUCAGGCGUUCCAGAAUGUGAACAUUUUCCGGCCUCCAGGAGGUCAGGGGGGUCAAAACCAGCAAGGGGGCUCUAAUCCGAUUCAGUCCAUUGGUAGUCAGUUUGGCGGACAAGGUGGUAACGGGUCGAAUCCGUUCGUUUCAGGUGCGCAAGCGAUUGGAAGUCAGUUUGGUCAAGCGAUUGGGGGUCAAGGGGGGCAAAAUGGAUCGAAUCCGCUGGUGUCGGGGGCGCAAGCCAUUGGGAAUCAGUUCCAACAGGCUAUUGGGAAUAAGCCGGUUGAAGGGGGUACAGGAGAGGUUUCCACUGAGAAGACUAGGACGGAGAGUUUGGAGAAAGAGGGAGAGAAAGUGGAGAAGAAAGAAAUGAUGAUGACAGCAGAGUAGAAGAGGUUCAAAACAAUAAUGAAAUUAGCUUUUGAAAUGGAUUAAUUUAUAAUUAUUUAUUUUGUAACACAAAACAUUUGUGGGGGCACUGUUUGUUCCGAUUGGUUCUGUCGAUUUGAUUGGAAUAAAAUUAUUUUAUAUAAAA